GUUAGGCUCUGUCGAGUUUCUUCACUUCCCCUCUGGCUCUUCCCAGUUGGGUAAUACCUUCAGUUUAUUUCAGCGUUUGCUUAAGUUCCUGUUAUGGCUGAAAUUCAGAUUCAUAGAAAACAAUGCGUUGCGAUGAAGGGAGCAGUCUUCCGUUCAAAGACUCAGUAAAAGUGAUCUAGUUACUUUUACAUUGUUCAGCUGAGUUUCUCGUAGCUCCAGUGUUGUUUUUAAAACCACAAUUUACUUUAGGUGUCGUUAUAAGCGAUAAGGAUCGAGAAUGAAUGCCUUCUUUGUUUUAUUGGUCGUGGUUAUCGCCAAUAUCUGUAGAGGUCUGCAUGACAACAGCUGCAAUGUCGUUCCUAAAGAUCCAUACAUUGAAAUGGGAUCUACUGCCAAGAUAGUGUGCCAGACUUCAUGUGUACGUGGUGAAAUCUUCUGGACAUUAAACAGCAGGCCUAUCAAUAAAAGCCUAUCAGAGACCAUCAACUCCACCCACACGGUCUUGUUGCUGAAAAACUUCACCCACCACAGCGCAACUCUGGAUUGUCGCAGUGCUCAGACCCAGCAAGUGGUUGGAGGCACCAUCAUCAGGACAUAUUCAGCAAAGCCUGGGAACAUAUCAUGUCUGUUGUAUUAUCGAGAUCUAAGUGCGACUGGUAUGGAUCAGGAUUUUACAUGCACAUGGGAGCAUCAGGCAGAUUCUACAGUGAAAAUAAAUUACACUCUAUUUCUUGUCUUGUCUUCAGGCUCUCAGAUUGAAAUCUGUAGAUCGACUGUCAAAACCUGCACAAGUGAAAGUCAUGUUACUGAAAUUUGGCACGAUAAAUCCUCUGUUAUUGUCAAAGCUACAACAGUUGGAUGGGAGGCUGACUCUGAUCCUUAUGAACUUAACCCCAUGCACAUACUUAAAUUGAACUACCCAUCAGUGAAAGUAACUGUCUUCUCCGAUCAUCUGUUGGUAACAUGGACACCUAGACCCUUUAUGAACUUAACGAAGUAUAACUGCCAAGUUAAAUACUACAAGACUUCAUUGUUUAAUGAGGAAACUCCUAAGGUGUUAAAUACGUCCCAAAUCUUUGAAAUGAAAUUGAAUGUCACCAAUAAAGAAGUGGAAUCCUGCAUGAACUACACCGUUUCAGUUCGAUGUGCUAUAGACACGGCUCCAUGGAGCGACUGGAGCCAGGAAACAACUGUUUUAACCAAACUGAAUAUGAAACAUGUUAGGACACGCCUGUGGAGAAAGGUGGCUGAGCUGGGCAAAAAUGGAAAGAGAAAAGUACACGUCAUGUGGGAGGACAUUCCUCCAACGUGUGAAGAGACCUUUUAUUAUACUGUCAAACAUGCUCCUUAUGAUGCAGACAUGACAGGGGAAAAUUCUAAUUAUACAUGUGGCAACACAGCUUGUAAUGUUGUCUUGGACCAACAUGCACACAGAGUAAAUCUCAUAGUUUCCCGUAAUGAUGCAGUGAUUGCAGAGGAUUCAGUUUAUGUUCCAGCUACUGAGGAAAGCCUCUUUCGGGUUACCGACAUCCAAGCCUCGUCCCAUGAAGGCAAUAUUGUGGUCAGCUGGAAGGCUCCUGAUCAACCUGUCAGUGGUUACAUGAUUGACUGGACCCACAAUGGACAUGAGUACUACUGGAAGGAGAGCAAAUUUACAAAUGCAACUCUGUUCGAUUUGCUGGAUAAGACGCCAUACAACGUCACAAUAACUCCCCUCCUUGAUAACAGAACAGGUCACGGCACAGAAGCCCCUCAGAUAUGUUUGAGUAAUGGAGAUCCUGGGAAAGUUGCUAUCUCAGAUGUUAUUAUUUAUGACAAAAGUGCCCUGGUGAGAUGGAGUUUAAUGCCACAUGAUGCAUGCAGUGCUGCUGUUAUCCACUACAAAGUCUUCUACCAUGCACAGACAGGACCACCUCUCAAUGUGAUGGUAGAUGGCGAAAUGGACAGUGUCUUAUUGAAAGAUCUAAAUCCAAACACUGAAUACAGACUCUAUGUAGAGGCCAUCUCUCAUAUAAGAAAUACUACGAAAAGUAAAGACAUGUUCUUCACUACUAAACGAUUUGAUCCAAGGCUCAUUGUCGGGCUCAGUGUCUUUGGAACCAUCAUUAUCUUGCUUGUGUUGUCUCUUGGAUCAUAUUGUGUCAAUCAGUGGAAGAAAUUUAGGGAAAAGCUGGUGCCAAAUCCAGGUCUCAGUUCUGUGGGGACGUGGCUGCCGCCGAGCCAACAAAAGGGGGUGUACGUCCAACCAUUCAGUGAGCCAUCCAAAGACCAUUAUGACCAAGUCUACACAGAAGACACUCUCAGUGCCUCCACACCCUCACUAGCUGCAGACUGUAAUGGUAACGCAGACAGAGACCGUUACACAGAGGUAUUCUCUUAUACAACUGUCACUCCUUUGCCAGAAGUAAAGGAUGACAAAGUGGCCGAACCUCCAGAGACACUUAAUUCAUCAUGCCCUGGUGAAUCCACAAUAUUCCUUUUUGCAGAGAGUACUUUGGUUAGUCCAUAUCGAAGCCAGGCUUUUCUGGAAACUCCUGUACCAAAAACUGGGAAACAGAGUAAGUGUCACUUGGGAAAAAAGCAAGAAAAAAUCAUAACGAAGACUGUGUAUGUCAGCUUGGACAUGUUUGAACAAGAUGAUGUAAGGUGAGAAUGUUGGAAAGCUAAGGAUGUUAAGUCAAGAUGAUACAAGUCUUAAUAAAAGAGUUCAGUAACUUUAUGCUGCUUGAUUCUGCAGGCUGAAAGCAAAGAAAACAUAACUCUCACUAUAAACUCAGUAUAUCAGUCAAAAUAAGUGCUUCGAUACUGUCUUUCCUACUAUAAAUGCAUAUUUAUAGCAAGUUUAUGCAUGCUUCAUUAAAACAUCUCAAUGUAUAUGUAAUGUAAUGUAUUUAACUGUAUACUUUACUGAGCCUCAUUUAAUGCAAAGUGGAAUUUCUUAUUUAUUCACUUUUGAGAAUAUUCUCUGCCUAAUGUGGAACCAGUAUUUCGAACAUGUGCCGCGUUGUGCGAAAAUCUUUUUAUGUUGCUCCAUUGGAGCCAGACUUUUUUCAUCUUUUAAAGUGGUCUUUUCUGAAGGAUUUUGGUUGCUUUUUCAUUCAUUUUUAGUUCUGACCUUGUAUCUCACCAUUUUCUAAGUAAUGUUUUUUUUUUGUUUGUUUUGUUUUUGUUUUUGUUCCCAUGGAGCGUGCCCUUAUAACAUUUAAGGAAACAGGAUUUUUGGAGGACAAAUGAAGAAGUGGCAGACCUAAAAAAAACAAAAAGUACAAAAAAAUACAACAGAGACUUGACCCAGGACUUAAAAAAUACAUCUUUCCCUUCGGUUGAGUUAUCUCCUUAGGUUGGUCAGAAAUAGCCUUCAUGAGGGCAGCUGUCAAGAAGCCAUUUUUAACCCUUUCAUGCUUAGCGUCCUGUACGGUGGACACCAGAUGACUCCACCCCAGAGCCGGUCCUAUGCAGAAAAUGUGAAAAAAAAGCUGUCAGCAUCCAAACAAAAGCUAGGGAAAGUCCUUCAAGAAGCCUGGAGAAAUAUUUCUGAAGACUACAGAAAAAAAAAAAAUGACAAGAAAUGCUGUUGGUAAGAGGGGUCAGGGGUCAGGC